CUCCCAGGCUGCCCCGCGCGGGCGGGCGGGCGGUCGCGGGGAAGAUGGCGGCGGGUGGCGGGUGCCGCUGAGGCGCCGAGUCCGCGCGGGGAUGGAGCCUUCUCCGGCCCCGGGUCCCGAGCGGCUCUUCGACUCGCACCGGUUCCCAACUGAUGGGUUCCUGCUUCUGGCCCUGCUGCUCUACGCGCCCGUGGGGCUCUGCCUGCUCGUCCUGCGCCUCUUCAUUGGCGUCCACGUCUUCCUGGUCAGCUGUGCCCUGCCUGACAGCGUGCUGCGAAGAUUUAUUGUACGUGUAAUGUGCUCUGUGCUGGGCUUAUUUGUGCGGCAAAGUGAUCCCCGGCUUCGUGAUGUCAAUGUGAGGGUGUAUAUUGCCAACCACGUGACACACUUUGAUCACAAUGUCAUCAACCUUCUGACCUCAUGUAAUACGCCUGCAUUGAAUGGUGCUCCUGGCUUCAUCUGCUGGUCACGGGGGUUCAUGGAGCUGGGAGUAACAGGAAGCCGAGCAGAGCUGGUGGAUUCCCUGAAGGCAUAUUCCUCUCACAGAGGAAACCCGCCGCUGCUGCUGUUCCCAGAGGAGGCUGCCACUAAUGGUCGAGCUGGUUUGCUCCGCUUCAGCUCUUGGCCAUUCUCAAUCGUGGAUAUGGUGCAGCCAGUUGCCCUGCAAGUUCAGAGACCUUUGAUCACUGUGAGUGUGGCUGACUCCUCCUGGAUUACGGAGCUUCUCUGGACCUUCUUUGUUCCCUUCACAGUUUACCAAGUAAGGUGGAUGCCGUCUGUCCCCAGACGAGCUGAAGAACUGAGUGAAGAUUUUGCGCUCCGAGUUCAGGAGCUCUUAGCCAUGGAGCUGGGUGUGGUAUCCACACGGCUCACUGCAGCAGAUAAAACUGAACACAUGAAGAGACUGAGACACACGUCACUUCUCCCCUUUGCCCCAGCCCCAACCCUGGCAGCCAGGCCCAGGAUGCCUUCCAGCUUGACUGGUGCUGGGUCCUUUGCUCCUGAGGAUGUGAGGAUCACAGCAAUGGCUCAGCGGGUCAAGGAGGUGCUGCCUCAUGUGCCUCUGGAGGUCAUCAGGACAGACCUGGCCCAGACCAAUUGUGUGGAUACCACCAUUGCCAACUUGCUGGAGGGAAGAGUGCCCUUCUUCCCUGAAAGUAAGGAGGUUAAUUCAGACCUGCCUGUCCCGUCUACGUCCCAGGCUGCAGCUGCUUCUGGCAUCCAGGGUUCCAUAGCUGUGUCUUCUUCCAAGCCAGCUACAAAGCAGUUUGCAAAGUCCCCUGUGGAGCGGCAUCUGUCCUUGCAGGAGCGGAAACGAGCACUCUACGACUAUGCCAGGAGGAGGUUCGCCGAGAAGCACGGCGCAGCGCGGGCCGGCGGCAGCCCCUGACCGGCCGCACCGGGACCGGGACUGGGACCGGGACUGGGACCGGAGCCGCGUGGCGGCGGGCGCUGCCCGGCCGGAGCCGCGGGCUUGUGCGGUCGCGGCGGAAAUAAACGGCAGUGCCUGGG